AUGCCACACAAGACAACGUGGAGUACUAAUGUAAAAUUUUGUUUUGUCUUUUUUCCUCCAAUUCUUUUUGAUCAGAUUGUUCCCCGUAAAAAGGGAAAGUGGAAAAAGAGGCUAAAAGUGGUCAAAGAUUUCUUUUGUGAGCCAGUUAUCCUCGACUGCUCAUGUGAGGAGUGUAAGCUAAAAGAAUCUUCUGAGAUCAAGUCCAAGAUUAUUGAUGAAGAAUCUGAGGUGUACGUCACAGCGCUAACCAGCUUGACGUCACUUGUUGAAGAUAACACACAAGACACCGUGGAGGUUUUCUUCGACUGCUUAAGCGAGUUGUGUAGUCCUGAAGCAUCUCCUGAGCUCGACUCCCAGAGCAUUGAUGAAGAAUCCGAGGUGUACGUCACAGCGCAAACAAGCUUGAUCAAACUUGUCGAAGUCAAUGCCACACAAGACAACGUGGAGAUUGUUCCCCGUAAAAAGGGAAAGUGGAAAAAGAGGCUAAAAGUGGUCAAAGAUUUCUUUUGUGAGCCAGUUAUCCUCGACUGCUCAUGUGAGGAGUGUAAGCUAAAAGAAUCUUCUGAGAUCAAGUCCAAGAUUAUUGAUGAAGAAUCUGAGGUGUACGUCACAGCACAGACAAGCUUGACGUCACUUGUUGAAGAUAACACACAAGACACCGAGGAGUGACGCAGAGCAGCGGACUUCUCCCUUCUGAUGGCGGAUCCCCCUCGGUGAGUGGACUCUUCCUCAGUGGCGGAUUUCUCCUCAGAAGCGCAGACUUCUCCUGGGCGUCUCGGCAGCGAGCUAUAGAUUUAGAAAAGCAGGUCUUUUUCAGGACAAAUAUUCUCACAGUUUCCACUCUCAUCCAGGAGGGAGGACGGACACAACGGCUACCCCGGGU